AAGUGGGCCGCGCUGCUUCACGCAGUGAAGUAGAGGAGAGAGAAGAGAGAGGAAGCAGGCGGCGGGUCCUCUCAUUAACACCUGACUUCGCUGUGUUUAAACUCCAGAAAACUACCUGCUCUGUUCUCUGCCUGCAUUUUGACUUUUACGCGCUCAGAAAUAUGGGAGACCGUGUUGCACCGUGGACCCGCUGAAUGCUGUUUAUCUGUGUGCGAUAACUUUAAACCUCAAGUCUCCUGGGAGAUCUGCGACUUGUCAUCACCUCUCACAGCAAGUGUGUGUGUGUGUGUGUGUCGGGGCACAGCAGCACUUCUGUCACUUUGUGCUUCCAGAGCCCCCUCAGUCUCACAGAAGAAAAAACCCCAAGGACCACAGGCUGAAAGAUUAGAGUGAAGAAUGGGGUUAUCUGUUGCCUUGCCAGCCCUUCUGCUUGUUUUUGGCUUGACCACUAAUGUAUGGAGUCUGAACCCCGAUGACCCUAAUGUGUGCAGCCACUGGGAGAGCUAUGCUGUGACCGUCCAGGAGUCCUACGCUCACCCAUUUGACCAGAUCUAUUACACCAGGUGCACCGACAUCCUCAACUGGUUUAAAUGCACACGGCACAGGAUCAGCUAUAAGACAGCUUACCGGCGGGGAGUGAGGACCAUGUAUAGGCGCCGCUCACAGUGUUGCCCUGGUUACUUUGAGAGCGGAGACUUGUGUGUCCCUCUGUGUACAGAGGAGUGUGUCCACGGCCGUUGUGUGUCUCCGGAUACAUGCCAGUGUGAGCCCGGAUGGGGCGGACUGGACUGCUCUAGUGGCUGUGAGAGCGACUACUGGGGACCUCAUUGCAGUAAUCGCUGCCAGUGCCAGAAUGGGGCCAAGUGUAACCCCAUCACAGGUGCCUGUGUCUGCACUGAUGGGUACCAGGGAUGGCGUUGUGAGGAGCUCUGCGAGUACGGAUACUAUGGCAAGGCAUGCCAACUUCCCUGCCAGUGUCUCAAUGGUGCCACCUGCAACCAUGAGACAGGAGAGUGCAUCUGUGCAGCAGGAUAUUCAGGGGCUUUCUGUGGAGAGCGCUGCCCCUCGGGGAGUCACGGGCCUCAGUGUGAGCAGCGCUGCCCCUGUCAGAACGGAGGAACCUGCCACCACAUCACAGGAGAUUGUUCCUGCCCUGCCGGGUGGACGGGUUCCGUUUGUGCCCAGCCGUGCCCCCUUGGCAAGUAUGGCAUCAAUUGCAGCAAGGACUGUUCCUGUCGUAACGGGGGAACAUGCGACUACGUCACCGGGCAGUGCAAGUGUGCGGCUGGCUUCAGUGGACGCAGGUGUCAGGAUGACUGUCCGGUGGGCACCUUCGGUCUCCAGUGUAACCAGAAGUGUGAGUGUCAGAACGGAGCCAAGUGUCACCAUAUCAAUGGAGCCUGUCUUUGUGAAACGGGCUUUAAAGGCCCUAAUUGCCAAGAGAGAUUCUGUCCUCCGGGCCUCUACGGCCUCAUCUGCGACAAGUACUGCCCCUGUAAUACCAGCAACACCGUGAGCUGCCACCCUCUCUCUGGUGAAUGCACCUGCUCUGGUGGAUGGACUGGGCUCUACUGUAAUGAGACCUGCCCGCCUGGAUACUACGGGGAGGGGUGUAUAUUGUCUUGCAGCUGCACUAACGGAGCUGACUGCCAUCCUGUCACAGGUGGCUGUAUAUGUGCCCCUGGGUUCAUGGGUGAGGAUUGUGCGACAGUGUGUCCACCUGGUCUGCACGGACCGAGCUGCAUGUCCACCUGCUCCUGUCACAAUCACGCAGCCUGCUCCCCUGUCGACGGCUCCUGCAUCUGCAGGGAAGGCUGGCAGGGUGUGGACUGCUCCAUCCUCUGCUCUAGCGGCACAUGGGGUCUCGGUUGUAAUCAGACAUGUUUGUGUGCCAAUGGGGCAGCAUGUGACCCUGUAGACGGUACCUGUACAUGUUCUCCAGGCUGGAGAGGGGAGCACUGCGACGAAUCCUGCCCUGAUGGCACCUAUGGGUUGGAGUGUCGAGAGCGCUGUGACUGUAGCCAUGCUGAUGGCUGUGAUCCUGUGAGUGGCUACUGCCGCUGCUACCCCGGCUGGACGGGAAUCCACUGUGAUAAUGUGUGCCCACAAGGCUUCUGGGGACCAAACUGUUCGGUCAGCUGCUCCUGUCAGAAUGGCGGCUCCUGCUCCCCAGAGGACGGCGCAUGUGUGUGCGCACCUGGAUACAGAGGGACCUCCUGCAAAAGAAUCUGCUCUCCUGGGUUCUACGGCCACCGCUGCAGCCAGUCGUGUCCGCAGUGUGUGCACAGCACCGGGCCGUGCCAUCAUGUCACGGGCCACUGUGAGUGCCUGUCCGGCUUCACUGGCUCUCUGUGCAACCAAGUCUGUUCGAGUGGCAGGUUUGGGAGGGCCUGCACCGAGAUCUGCCUCUGUACAAACAAUGGCACCUGCAACCCCAUCGAUGGCUCCUGCCAGUGCCUCCCUGGUUGGAUCGGAGAGGAUUGUUCUCAGGCCUGUCCCUCGGGGCACUGGGGUCCUGAUUGUCUCAACUCGUGUAACUGUCACAAUGGAGCCCAGUGCAGUGCCUACGAUGGGGAGUGCAGGUGCAGCCCUGGCUGGACUGGACUCUACUGCACACAGCGCUGUCCUUCAGGGUUCUACGGCAGGGACUGCUCUGAAGUGUGUCGCUGCCAAAAUGGUGCAGAUUGUGACCAUAUCGGCGGCCAGUGUGCUUGUCGAACAGGCUUCAUUGGGACCAGCUGUGAGCAGAAGUGUCCUGCUGGUACAUUUGGAUAUGGCUGCCAGCAGCUGUGUGAGUGCCUGAACAAUGCUACCUGUGACUAUGUGACUGGAACAUGCUACUGCAGCCCCGGAUAUAAAGGCAUCCGCUGCGAUCAAGCAGCUCUGAUGAUGGAGGAGCUGAACCCGUACACAAAGAUUAGCCCAGCGCGAGGCUCGGAGCGUCAGUCUGCAGGGGCCGUCAUGGGCAUCAUCUUCCUGCUCCUCAUCAUCAUGGCCAUGCUCAGUCUGUUUGUGUGGUACAGACAGAGGCAGAGGGAUAAAGGCCAUGAGAUCCAGCCCAGUGUGUCCUACACACAGGCCAUGCACAUCACCAACACUGACUACUCCCUGUCAGAGUGUGGCAGCACUGUAGCCAUGAGAACCAGUGCUGCAGAGGUGAAUCAGAGUGCGGGCAGCAGCGGUGGCAGCAGCAGUGGUCAGUGCUUCUCCAAUCCCAGUUACCACACAGUGGCCCAGUGUAACGUGGUCUCAACCAUCUCCAGCAACCUGGACGGCACUCUGACCCUCAAGUCGAGCACUCUGAAGAACAGGAACGGAUCAGAAUGGAGAGCCUACUGCAACCUCAAUGACAUAGAUGUUCAACAGGGCGAGACACAGACGCAGAGAGGAUCCAGAAAAGAAUACAUCAAGGCCUCCAUGUGCAGCAACAGCUCCUGCUCCCUGAAUGGUGAGAAUCCAUACGCCACCAUUAGAGACCCUCCAGGGCUGGCAGCCUGUAAGCAUACAGAGAGCAGCUAUGUGGAGAUGAAGUCCCCCUCCCACCGUGAGGUGCCCUUUGGAGGCACCGCCACCCUCCUGGGCAGCGCAACCAGGAAUGUCUAUGAUGUCGAGCCAACAGUGAGCGUCCUGCAAGGACCCAAUGGAAUGGCAACUGGCUUCUCCCAGAGCCCUUAUGACCUUCCCCGCAGCAGCCACAUCCCCAGUCACUAUGACAUACUGCCCAUGCGUCACAGCCCCACACACACUCCCCCUCCACCCCCAGAAAGCCCCAGCUCCAGUUCCCUGCUCUAGAGGGGCACCAACACACACACCCUCUCUGUGCCUGGCUCUGCCAGCGUGCUGGCACCAGGCAAUGUUCAGAAAACGUUUGAGCAUCGGCCCUCCCUCUGUCUCUGUGUGCGUUCCAUUAGAUACAGAGAUGUCGGGAUGGAGGGACAGCCUCUGCUCUUUGGCUCCCUCACUCACUCUCUUCCUGUGGCCCUGAUGGAGGGAGGGGGGAGGAAAGAGUCCACACACCAGCGACUGUUCACCCAUUUUAUUUUCUUAUAAAACUGAUCACUCAAACUGCUGCCCGGCCUCUUUAUGGACCUCCUGGAGUGGAACAUAGCGAUUCCAAACGAGCAGCAUACAGGGAUUGUUUGGACAGAUUAUUUACAGGGGGAGAGCUAUCAUCAUGCUCAGUUUUAGCCCAUGAUAUAGGUUUACUAUCCAAGGGCAGCCAAGUGUUUAUAAUGUCCUCUAAACAGGAGUGAUUUUCUCCACGGGGGGGGGGAGGUAUAGCAGCCUUGAUCGUUUCCAAGCAGGUGAAGAUGAAAUACUUGCAGAGAUCUUGAAUUGUCAAUGUGCAGCAGCUGCAGAUCAACAAACAGCUGACAAUGAUCUUCUACAGGAAGGGGGAAAGUGAAAGAGGUCUGAUGAAGCAUGGACACAGUCUUAAAUAUUGUAACGGUCUGUUAUUCACUGUAAUGGUUGCACAUGGUAAAUACUAAGUUGAUCCCUGUGUGUAGCUUAUUUUAAGUUUCAGUGUAAAUGAGGCCCGAUGUAUCUGCAGAUGCUUUCAGGUCACCAGUGUUCAAGCAUUAUUGCAUCACUAUGACACUCAUAUGCAGUAUAGGUCUUAAGAUUUUAUUCCCCACACUAACGAGGUGAUCAGAUCCCGGUUUGUUUUUUUUGUGGAAGCUUUUUUUUCUGGCAAAUGUCUUAGUUUACAUUUUUUGAAGUAUUGGGUGUUAAGAAGGGAUUACUUUGACCUUUUUAUGUUUGGUAUUUAUAAAGCUUUAUUUAAUAAUUUAUAUAAGUGAUUGUAAGUUUUCUAUCAAUGUGACACUAGAAUUUAAAGAAAAAAAAAGAUAAGCAUGAUCAGAUAAUGGAUACACACUGAUGUAGAUAACACACAAUUUAUCUUCUUGUGAGAUGAUCAGUGUCAUUUUGUGAACUGUUUUUGAAGUUAUUUAAAAUGUUCUCUCGCUCUCGCUGUCAGAUUGUAAAUUGAAAAUAACGUUUCAUCUGACCAAUUCAAGACCCACAAAUACCCCGUGAAGCAUUUAAGAAAGGUAACUAUAUGUAAAAAGUCCAAUUCUAAGGUAUUUUAUGUUUGUAUCAGGCUAACUUAUUUAUAUAUAAAAAUUGAAUUUAUUCAUUCACUAUGUGAAUUUCAUUUCACCCUCUGUAGAAGCAAUAACAUGUUGACAAUCGAUGCCCAGACAACAAUGUUCAUUAGUGCUGGACAUUACGCCAUCUUUGACCAGUGUGGUGACAGUGGAUCAUACUUUCUGUGACUGUUUUUCCUCUGAGGAAGGUUCUUUUCCCCUAUUGCUGUCAUAUCAAUGCUGCUUGUUGUUUUGGUAAAUAAGUUUCAAAUUAAAAGCCUAUUCUGCCAUCAGAAA